GUCGCUCUACGGCCAUGCCACAAUGCUGAUGAUUUCUCUGCUGGUGUUGCUGAGCGUGUUGCAACCCGUCUGUCUCCAGGCCCGCUGCUCCACGGGCCAGGCUGGACAGCCCCGGCAGCGCAGGGACGCCGGGGGCCGCGGAGGAGUUUAUGAGCACCUCGGUGGAGCGCCGAGACGCAGGAAACUCUACUGCGCCACUAAAUAUCAUUUACAGAUCCAUCCCAACGGAACCAUAAAUGGAUCACUGGAGGAAAACAACAAGUAUAGCAUUAUGGAAAUUACAGCGGUGGACGUGGGCGUUGUGGCCAUAAAAGGGCUUUUCUCCAGCAGAUAUCUGGCCAUGAAUGAUAAAGGCAAGCUGUAUGCUUCGGAAGUGUUCAACAAAGAGUGUGAGUUUGUGGAGCGGAUCCAUGAGUUGGGGUACAACACCUACGCGUCGUGCCACCACUCCACCGAGCUGCCGCUGCCGCUGGGAAGCGGCAGUAAGCGGCGUGCCAGUGUCAAGCGGCAGUGGUACGUUUCCAUCAACGGCAAAGGGAGGCCGCGGCGAGGGUUCAAAACCCGGAGUACGGACAAAGCAUCACUUUUCCUGCCGCGUGUGCUCGGACUCACGGACCACGAGAUGGUCACGAACGUCACCGGAGGAGAGCGGCGCCGACGCAGACAUCGCGCCAGGAAAGGCCGGGGCCUGCGGCCAGAUGACUGAGCAGAUUUAUAUGGCGGGAGUUUACCCCGUUGCCCUGUGACUCAAACGUGGACCCCUGGUCUCGGCACAUACUGUAGCUUGAUAGCCGCGGAGGAUGUGAAGAAACUGUUCGGAUUCUGCCUGGUGGAUUAGCAGAAGUAUGUUGAUGCACGGAGAAAAGAAAAUCCAGAGGAGAAAAAAAGGCACAGCGUUGGGGCAAAUGUAGGGCCGAUCAAAACUAACUUUCAGGAGACUUUGACACACACACUCACUCACACACACACACACACACACACACACACAGCUAAAUAAUCUACCACUUUCAGAUUUUGACAUAUUUUUUUAAAUGCUUUUAUCAUGUAAACAGAUGUAUUAAUAUAGUUGAAGUUCUACUUUUGUAAAAUAAAUAAUUUUACCAUCAACAUCACACGGAUCAAAAACCCUUUUAACGUGGUUCUAUUGUAAUUAUGGUAUGCAUGUACAUCAUAGCGUUUCUUUUCACAAACAGGAUCUAAUACAAUAUAUUUCCUAAUUGAAGUGCUAACAAAUAUUGAAGAGAGGACUUUAAUCAGCAAAGCACUUUUUGUCAGAUUCACAUUAGGAGAAGUCAAUGUGAGGCGUGUGUUACCAUGUGAUGUCUACUGCUAGUCAACUGAAAGAUGGACUUUUUAUAUUUUUACUAAUGAGAUGAAUAUUUAUUUGGUGCCUGUGUUGUAAGUUAUUGAUAAUUCUAUUUCUGCAUUUUACCAAUGUUGCUGUUUGUUUCAUAGUUUUCACUCACCACCUGGUUCCAAUAUAAAACAUGAUGGGACUGACCCAAUGAAGCAACUGGCUCAUUUGUUCCAACCCUUCUUUGAUUUGUUCUAACAUGUCUCUAAAGUUUGUCUUCUCUGUUUUAGAAUGGAGCACUUUUCUCUUCCUUCUGGAAAAUAAGUGUUAUUAUAGUAAAUUAGAGAGAUACAUAUGUGUGUUAGUCAUGUAUUAGUAAUGUAAAGUCCUUAUGAGCUCCUGUGUUAAAAACAAUGUUUGGACGUCAUGAAGCAACCCAACCUAAAAUGCCCAACAAGUUUUUAUAUUUAAAGGUAAACCACGGUUGUAGUAGUUGAACGGAUCAUUAUUAUUAUUUCAGCUGAUGAAGUCUCAGGUUCCAUUUUUCUUUGGGCCACAUCUUUGUGAAGCCUGACACACACAACAGCAUGUUUUGAUUUCAAAAACAAGUGACAAAAAGCUGGACCCAGGACCAAUGUGCUUCUCUACUUUUUCUUGAUCACACUUUAUUUUUUACCCAUUGCCUCCUAAUAAUAAUAACAACAGA